UUUAUAUUCCCUCUGUGUUGUUUCUGUGUUUCAAUCUAUAAAGGCCUAAAAAGCGUGUUGAUUUCCAUGAGGUCACCCGAGGUCAUACUGAAGCGGCAGAUUCAAAACUGUCAUGGCGGCCGAUGGUUGAACUUUUUAUUUCCGUGGGAACAUUUUCAGAAAUUACCUCGCUUUGUUACCAGAAUAAGUCAAGAUUCGCCUUCCACAGGUCACCAAAACAUCCAAGGUUGAGCAGCAGGAUCAGUAAGACUGGACAUGGCGAAGGUGCCGGACAAGCCGCGGGGUGAUGAUGAUGAUGACAUGUCGUCCCUCCUGGCCAGGGUCAGUAAGAAACUGGGCUGGGACAAGUUCAGCUCCUUAGAAGAUGCGCUGCAGGAGGUGGAAGCAAAGACACCAGACUGGAAGGGAGGCAAGAAACGCAACUUCUUUGGUUCACAAGACGACAAAGAAAACCGUCUUCCUGACAAAAACACCCUGAGCAACGUUCCCUCCGACAGAGUCAGGUCCCACAGCGAUGGCUCUAUCUUACAGGAAGGGUCCAGGAAAAAGGGCAUCUCCAAAACAACCUCCUCUACUAACGAUCACCAUGGUGAUAAAACAUGUGUACCCAAACCUAAAGAUUCCCACAAAUCCCUACAUCUCAGCACCUCAGGAACCAACGCACAAUCUGCCAGUAGGGAGAUGCCUUUGAGUAACAAACCCACUCUGUCCAACAGCCCUCAUAGCUCCUUGUCACAGAAGGAACAUUUUGUAACAAACAAUGUCAGCUCAGAAAGAGAGGAGCCUGUGAAAGUACCUGCUGUGAAGCCAAAACUCUCCAGCGUGAAACAGAGAAGCGCUGCAGGAAAGGAGAACUCUCAGGGAUGCGGCGGCAGUUCUGACAGACACAGGGAGAACCGAAAAGUGGCAACUCUGGGCUUGCAUGGACCAGACAACUCCAGUGGGACCGAAGAGGACUCCACCAGUUCCAAAUACAGAGCUGCUUGUUUAAAUGCUGGUGUUAUCGUCCUGAACCGUGUUCUCUUCCUGUGCAGGGAUCGAUCCAGGACAUCACCUGUGCUUGUAUCCAGCGACAGCGAUGACUUCGAAUCAUUUGUUCAGAAGUUGAAAACUCCAACAAGUUCCAGACCAUCGAAGCCUUCAGCAGCCCAUCCUAGUGUGGAUGAUUUCAUCGUGGGUGACUCAGAAGAUGACAGUGAUGGUGAUGAUGAUGUUUUCGGUCCGCGCCCCAUCCACGUCAUAUCAUCUUCAUCCGAUGAGGAUGAGUUUCAGAAGGGAAUCAUCGCUCGCUACCGUAGCCCCAAACCCACAUCAGGCCUGAGGAGACCAAAGAAACCCGACUCUAGCAGGAAGGGUUCCCACCGUGUGCUGAGCAGCUCCUCCAGCGAUGAUGAUCAACCCAGGAUCCCCUCCUGGAGAGACGACACCCCCCUCAGGAAGAACAACACCCCCCUCAGGAAGAACAACACCCCCUUAAGGAAGGAAGACACCCCCCUAAGGACAAACAACACCCCCUCAAGGAAGGAAGACACCCCCCUGAGAAAGCAGGUGCUCCAGAAGGCCUUCCUGACACCACAGGUUCCCCCCGGUUACAGCAAGCCCGCCCUGCCUGUGCCAAAACUCUCCACAGCGGCCAACCCCAGGUCCAAGUCCGCCUCAGAGACGAGCCUCAGCGCUGCUCCCAGACGAAACUCGGAGCCGGCGGAUUUCCUUUCCUCUCUCUCCACACCUGCGCGGGGCAAGGCUCCGUCCUCCCCGUAUGUCUCAGACUUCAGGAGGAACAGGGAGGAGUUGGUGAAGAAGCUUUACCAGCUGUACAACGAGACGGUCUUCGAUAACAAGGUUGCUUUUGUUUAUCUGUUGUUAUUUACUUGUUGUUGUUUAGAGCGAGUGAGAGAUACCCUCAUCCACGAGUUAUGCCAUGCGGCCACCUGGGUGCUGAACGGAGUGAAGGAUGGACAUGGGCGCUACUGGCAGUUCUGGGCGAGAAAAGCGAACCAGACGCAUCCCAGUCUCCCAGCAAUCACUCGCUGUCACACCUACGCCAUCAACACCAAGUUCACAUACCAGUGCACCGAGUGUGGAUACAAACUGGGCCGCCACUCCAAGUCUCUGGACCUGGACCGCCAGGUGUGUGGGUACUGCCGCGGGCGCUUCCAGCUCGUAAACAAGGACGGCACGCCCGCCAGGACGCGAGCCCCCAGCAAGUUCGCGCUCUUCGUGAAGGAGAGGUAUGGCAGCCUGAAGAGGGAAAACGCAGGGGUGCCUCACAAGGAGGUCAUGAGGCUGCUCAGCGCAGAGUUUGCCACAAAGAAUAGAAUAUCCUCAUCAUGACAUAAAACAAGUACUUUGUACAAGCAAUAAUUAUUGUUUUAUUCAACCUAUCUGUCAUUCUUCAAGGCAAUUCUGAAUGGUUAAAACUCUUGGCUCUAUUAUCCAGCCUCAUGAAACUAUUCACGGAUUCAGUAUAUCUGUCAAUCUUUUUUGCCACAAAGAAUAGAAUAUCAUUAUCAUGAAAUAUAAAAUGUGCUGCACUAUUGAUAAUAACUUUGAAUGGAAAAUUUACAGUACACUGCCUUGAACAUGUAAACAGGUGAAAGGCCCUCUGCUCUGACAUUGAGAAACACAUUUAGCUAUAAGUUAGCUUUUUUUAUGUAUGAACAUUGAGUGAAGAGUUUGCCACAAAGAAUAGAAUAUCCUCAUCAUGGCAUAUAACAGGAGUACAGGAAACAGAGGAUAAUUAGAUGGUUGUUUCUUUUAGACUAAGAUAUGUGUGUGUGUUAGCUAGUGUAAACAACUUUUUAAAAAAUUCAGUAUAUUUGGAUAACAAUGUUCUCUGUACCUAUAAGCUAGUGUUGUAUUCAAGCUGUCUGUCACCUUCUUCAGGGCAGUUCUGACUGAUUAAAACUCUUGGCUGUGUGCAAAGAACUUUAUUAUCCAGCGACUUACCACCAUUAUGAAACUAUUCACAGAUUCAGUCAGAUUCAAUCUUUUUGCCACAAUGAAUAGAAUCUCUUCAUCGUGACAGAUAACAAGUGCUGCACUAUUGAUGAUACCUUUGAAUGUAAAAUUUACAAGUAAUACACUAGUCUGAACAUGUGAACAAGUGUAAGGUCAUCUGCUAUGACAAAUUCAGAAAUGUAGCUAUUAGUUGAUCAAUUUAUUUUUAGACUAAGAAUAAGAUCUUGUUUGUUUGCUACAAAGAAUAGAAUAUUAUAUUAUGUAGUUAUAAUAGUACUACUGUAAGUAUCCAGUAUUUGAUUAUACAAGAACAGCUUCGAAGUAGAACAGCUUCAAAAACAUUCAACAUGGGCAUACUUCAUUUCAGUUUGCUGCUGCAUGUGAUUCUAUUUUUUUAGGUAAAAAUGACCCUGCAAUUUCAGAACUAGCCACUAGGGGGCCCAAGCUGUUUCCCAAAAGUCUGCAUUACAGUUUCACCACAGACCUUAGUUUGAUAUAGACAGGCUUGCCAACUUGGGUAGGGUGUCAUUAGUCAGCCCUGGGAAUCUGACAUGCAGUAGAUGUUUCCUUGCCAGGUGAAGGGUAUUGAUGUCGCCGAUGUAGGGGGUCUGGCAUCCAGGCUGACUUUGGAUAUAUUUCUGUUGCCUGUUGAAGUGUCGUUUAUAACUUUUAUUAUGUUCAUGAUAUCUUAUGCUGAUUCCAAUACUGCAGCCAAGCCAGGGUCUUGCAAAUAUUCAGGCAUGAAGAACCUGUCCCAUAUAGAGUAGUUUGGAAAGAGUGACCGGUCGACCGCAUCGACACAAAGUUCACCCGUCCCCAUUUCAGUUGUUUGUCCCAACUGCGUGUUGAAGACAAAGUAGUAGUAGUUCUAGUUUAGUGUAACCAAAUGAUUCAGGAGACUCCUCAGGGCACAGAUCUGUUGCACAGACUGAAGUAUUAAUGGAACAUUCAUACGUGAUGAUUUGAAAUAAAGAUUAUUUUUUUCCAAUGACACAC